GUUUAUUCUUUAAUUAAUUUUGCUCACAGUUCACGUGUUUUACUUAUUCAAAUGAAUCGAUGAAUAAAAUGGUUGGUUAAUGCAUAAUGAGGUGUUCGGAGACCGAUAUCCUCCAGAUGUAUGCUGCAGCUAUUGUAUAACUUAAUGUAAACGCAAGCUUGCAAUCAAUGAUGUUAAUGGGUAAGUUACGCUUACGCUAAUGCACUUGCUUCGGUGUAGGUGUUGUGACAAGUGUUUGCGUGUCGGAACUCAAACAAACAUAUGUAUAUUUAAGACAGCCAUUGUUUGAAUAACCCUCAUACGCUUGUGGAUCAUGAGACUGCUCAUAACAGUGGUCUGCUGUCUGAUCGCAAUCCAUGGCACCUCCUCUGUACCUGGCUUCAGGAGGAAGCAGGCCAAACAGUUCUUCUUGGCGCAGGCCCUUGGUCAAGGUGUCCAGCUGAAAAAAAAUGAAGUAGCUAACGAUGGUGACGGACUAUUUACUGAAAAUGAGUCAAAGGCACAAUCUGCAGUAAUUGACGUUAACAUUCACAAUAUCAAUGGAAAAAUUGAUGACAGUUUAAAUAAUGACCAAAGUACAAAUCAAUUUCAAUCAAGAAGCAAACGAGAGGUCGGAAAACAAAAUAAAGCAGUUAAAACAUACAGGUAUGAAUCACAGCCAAGCAGAUCCAGAUUCUCAUACAUUCAAAAGAUCCAAAAAUUAUUUGAACCCAAGCAAGGGCCAACACACGAAAUCCUAACUAAGCAUAAAACUUUAGUAGUAGAAAACCAAACAGAUCACGAAGAACACCAUUCUGAAGAAAUUCACGAACACCAUACCACAACUACGUCACAAUUAAAGGUUUCUAAGAAGAAGAGAAAAUCAAAACGAAAACUGGGUUCACAAGGAACAACAGAUAGCGAGGAAGAUUACGAAGAUGAAGAAAAUACCGAGGAAGAGGUCGCAGAAACCGAUAGUCAAGCCACAAAGGAUGCAUCUUCCAACGCACUAAAAGCGGAAAACAAAACAAAAAGCAACAAAUUAAAAAGCACAAAAAUUGUACAGCCGAAUGUUGUGGCAAUAAAAAACGAAACUCAAAACUCUUUGGUAGAAAACCAGGGCCGGACUGUUAUGGUCUUAAAAAAAGAAGUUAAUACUUCAGAAAAAGCAAGUAAAUUAAAGGAUACGCUUUCUGCUGGAAUAAAUAAAGUUAAAUCCCGAAAAUUACCUGGGAUUUCACGGACUAGCGGUAUAGAUACCACUAAAGAGUCUCCACCCUCCGCAGCUUUUCCAACAGUAAUAAAUGUCCUCAAAUCUAUUCCACAAAAUAAUAAUCAGCCUGAUAUCUCAACAAUGCCUAUGGAAAAGAAUGGAAAAAUAUCAGAGAAUGUACCAUCUGGAGGAACAAAUCUUAAGUCAUUUAUAAAAAAUGCGCUAGGACUACGAGGAAAUAACUCUCCAAUACGAACUCCUAUUCAACUAGAAAACCCUUCAAUUCAUUUUAAAAAUUCUUUAUCUACAAGAAAUAUUUCAAAAAUAAUAAAUAAUAUCUUUAAUAAUGAAGGCACUAGCAAUAAUAACAAAACUAAUAACAGAGGAUCCUUUUUCAAUGUUUUUAAUUCACCAAAAACGUCAAUUACUUCCGUAAAGGAAGAAGCAACAAAACCACCAAGAGCCAAAGUGACUAGGUUCAGAAUUCCGAAAAAUAAGUCUAUUUUACCAUCGAUGGGAUUUUUCCAUAACACUGAUCUCAUUAAAUCAGAAGAGGAGAACACAGAAAUAAAGCAUAACAUUGAAAUCGCUAACAGUGAAAACGUUUUUAAAGCUCCUAAAGUAUUUGAGAGUCUGUCUUCAAUUCCAAACAUACCAAAUGUUUCAGUAAAUGUUCCCACUGAACAAAAAUCAAUAACAACAACAGUAAAUAAGCCAAGUCAUGCACUAUCACAACCAUCUCAGUCAGUGAUGAGAGAACCUAAACAAGCAGAAAAUGUCACUACAGGUCCAGAAGAUCCAAGGAAAAAAACAGCUCUUCCAAGAUCACCUCGGAUAAUCUCGAAUGUGCCAGAUCUUCUUCCUUCGCAACCAUCAUUGACAGGAGGAAAUCUUCCUUCAGUGUCAAUCCUUCCUAAAAUGUCUGCAAAUGUUUCACCCUCACAACCAUCCAAGACAAGAAUCCCUAAAUUAAGGACACCAAAGAGUCAGAAAAUCACAACAUCGAAAGAAACAUUAUUUGAUACAGAUGUCAUUGAUGAAGAAGAGGAAAAUACAGAAAUAAACCAUAAUAUUGAAAUCGACAACAGCGGCACCGUUAUCAAUGUACCAAAGAUAAAAGGAAAUCUACCAUCGGUUCCAAGGCUACCUAAUGUAUCUGUAAAUAUCCCAACUGUUCCAAAAUCAACAAAGACAAUUCUAAAUUCGCCAAGUAUUCCAUCAUUACAACAAUCUAACACUAGAAUUCCUAGAUUUAGGAGGCCAAAGAGUAAAAUCACGAUAUCAAAAAAAAUAUAUGAUGCAGAUGUUAUUAAUUCAGAAGAGAAUAAUACAGAAGUAGACCACAAUACUGAAAUCGUUAACAGCCCUACUGUUAUUAAUGAUCCAAAGAUAAAAGGAAAUCUACCAUUGGUCCCAAAUAUACCUAAUUUAUCUGCAAAUAUCCCAACUGUUCCAAAAUUAACAACGACAAUUCUAAAUUUGCCAAGUAUUUCAUCUUCACAACAGUCUAACAUUAGAGUUCCUAAAAUUAGGAGACCAAAGAGUAAAAUCACAAUAUCAAAGAAAAUAUAUGAUGCAGAUGUCAUUAAUUCAGAAGAGGGUAAUAUGGAAAUAAACCAGAAUGUUGAAACCGUUAACAGCGGUACCGUUGUUAAUGUUCCAAAAAUAAAUGGAAAUCUCCCAUCGGUUCCAAAAGUACCUAAUAUAUCUGCAAAUAUCCCAACUGUUCAAAAAUCAAUUCCUUCCGUACAACAAUUUAACCCUAGAUUUACUAAAUUUAGGAGACCAAAGAGUAAGACAAUCACGAUAUCUAAGAAAAUAUAUGGUACAGAUGUCGUUGAUUCAGAAGGGGAUAAUAUAGAAACAAACGAGAAUGUUGAAAUCGAUAACAGGGGCACUUUUAUUAAUGCACCAAAGGUAAAAGAAAAUCUAUCGUCAGUUCCAAGAAUACCUAAUGUAUUUGCCAAUAUCCCAAAUAUUUCAAAAUCAACAACGACAAUUUUAAAUUCGCCUAGUAUUCCAUCCUCACAACAAUCUAACAUUAGAAUUCCUAAAUUUAGGAGACCAAAGAGUAAAACAAUCACAUCAAAGGAUAUAUUAUAUGAUACAGAUAACAUUGAAUCAGAAGAAGAAAAUAUAGAUACAAACCAUAAUAUUGAAAUUGACAACAAUGAAACCAUAAUUAAGGUUCCUAAGCUACUGGGGAAUCUUUCUUCAAUUCCAAAUGUACUUAACGGACCUGGAAAUGUUCCUACUGUUCCAAAAUCAACAACAGCAAUCCAAAAUUCCACAAACGUCUCAUCUUCACAACCAACUGUGCCAAGAGUCCCCAAAUUUAGGAGACCAAAGAGUAAGACAAUUACGACAUCAAAGGAAGUAUUAUAUGAUAUAGAUGAAGUUAACUCUAAUGAGGAAAAUACAGAAAUAAACAAUAAUAAUCAAAUCAAUAAAAAUAACCCCAUUUCUAAGGUAGCCAAGGCACUGAAGAAUCUCCCUUCAGUUCCAAUCGUGCCCGAUAUAUCAAGAAAUGAGCCUAGCAUUUUAAAAUCAACAAUAGCAACAGCAAAUCGGCCAGGUGUUGCUCCUUUACAAUCAUCGGUGAUCAGAGAACCUGACGUAGUAGAAGACAGUACUACUAGUCAAAAGGCAGUGGGAAAGAAUUCAGCUGUUCCCAGAUCACCUCGAUUAAUCGCAGACCAGCCAGAUCCAGAGAACCAGAUGCAACCAUCAUUGACAAGUGCUCCCAAAUUUAGAAGGCCUAAAACUAAGGCUAGUACAACAUUAACAGAAAUCGUCAGUGAUAAUAAUGACCUCAGUACAGAAUUAUACAGUUCAGAAAACGAAGAGAGUAUUGUAACCAAUGUUCAUAAACCAAAAGUAAUAGGAAAUAUCCCUUAUGCUCCACGAUUACCACAAAUCGCUGUUUCAUCAGUUCCAUUAGUGCCACGUGACUCAAAACUUGGAAGACCAAAAAAUAAAGAAGUUCCUGCAUCAACAGUAGAAUCCAAUGAUACAGAUGGUAUUAAUGUAAAAAAUGCUAACACAGAGACAAACAAUAAUGAUGGAAUAGAUAAUAAUGAAACCCACAAUACCGUAGGAGACAAUUUUUCUACAAUAAGAAAUAUACCUAAAAUAUCAAAAUAUAUUCCGAAUUUUUUUAAAUCACUAACAAGCUUUGGCAAUAGGCCAAAACCAGUUACUUCACAACAAUCAGCGAUAACACCCAAAAUUAGACCUAUUUCAACAUCAAUGGAUAUUGACGAUCACAGUUCCAUAAGAUAUAAUCCAGAAGUUAACGAUGAUUCCAAUAAAUAUCAAAAUCGACCAAUAGGAAAUCUUCCUUCCGUUCUAAAGGAGCCUUCAUCAGCAAAUAAUCUUCCAGGGGUUCCAAGGUCACCAACAACAUCUAAAGACCAACCAAUUAAUGCCCAAUCACAUCCAAUAUUGGGAAAAAUCUCUAAGCUCCAGAGAACCAAAACCUCCCCAUCUUCAACGGAUGUUAUCAAUGAUAAAAGCGAAGAAAUGGACAAUGUUGAAAGUAUAGAUCAAGAAGCUGACAAUGUUCCUAAAACUUUUUUCAAUUUACCUAAGUUAGCAGCCAAUUUUCCUUAUGUUCCGAAGUUAUCUGCAAUAACAGAUAAUCUUCCAGGUAUUCCAAGAUCACCAAGAAUACCUGAAAAUGAACCUGUCAAUACUCCACAGACAUCACAGAUUAGAAUUCCUGAACUUAAGGGACCCAAAACUAAGCCUGUUCCAACAUCAAAGGCAGGGUUAAAUGACAUAAACGAUCGUAAUUCAGAUAAAGAUAAUAAAAAAAUUAACGAUGAAAAUGAAUUAGACAAUAAUACAGACACAGAUUUUAUGGUUACAAAGAUACUGAAUAAUCUACCUACGAUUCCAAACUUGACUAAAGCAUCUAAAAAUCUUUUAACUAUUCCAGAAUCACAAAUAAUAUUCGAAAAAGGACCGGAUUCUAAAAGAUAUAGUCCAGAAAGUAACAGUAAUAUCAAUGCAUUUACCAAUCAACCGAAGAGAAUAGGUUAUCAGCAGUCCAUUCCAAAGUUACCUGCAGUAUCUGACAUUCUUCCAGCUAUUAGGUCAUUUGGAAAUUGGCCAUUUUUCACUCCUUCUCAAACAUUGGUGACGGAAAUUCCAAAGCCUCAGAAACCCAAAAAUAAAGGAGUUCCAACAUCAACUAAUUCGGAAAAAUAUAAUCCAGAAAUUAAUGAAAAUUCCGAUACAGUGUUCAAUCAACUUAAGAUAUCAGAUAAUCAGCUUUCUAUUCCAAAAAUGAGUAAAGAAACCAGUUAUCUGCCAGAUGGUACAACGGCAUUUGGAAAUAAGCCAAUUAUGAGUUCUUCUCAAACAUCACCAAUAAAGGUUCCAAAAUAUGGAAAACCAAAACCUAAGACUGUACCAAUAUCAAUGGUGGAAUCGAUUGACACAGGUGUGACUGAUUUUGAAGAUAAUAUCACUGAAAUUAACGAUGAAACAGAUAAUAAUUCACAGACAGAUUUUAACGUUCUUAAAGUACAAAAUAAUCUUCCUACUAAUCAAAACAUACCUAAAGUAUCUGAAAAUCUUCCGGCUAUCCCUAGGUCACCCAGGACACAUGAAAAUGAGCACGUUAAUGCUCCUUCAAAACCAUUUGUGACGGAAUUCACUAAGUCACAGAAACCUAAGGCUGUUCCCAAGUCAGUGAAUUCGGAGAAAAAUAGUCCAGAAGCUAAUGAUAAUACAAACACUGCAACAGAUAUUAUAGCUAAUCAUCCUUCCAAUGCAGAUGUUCCUCAAAAUCUUCCAGCUGUAUCUAAAUCACCAACGAUAUUCGGAAAUUGGCCGUCCUUCGCACCUUCUCAGACAUCUCCGGCUACAGCUCCUAAACUUAAUAGGCCAAAUAGUGAGUUAGUCCCAUCAUCCCCUGGGAGCUUGCCUAAUAAUGACGAUCAACCUGGCCCCGAAGUUCAUGAUAGUCCUGAAAGAUUUUACAACCCACCGAAAAGAGGAGCAAAUCUUUCUACUCCAAAGCUACCUAUUACUGCCUACAAUCUUCCAACUAAAACUAAAUCACCAUCGAUAUUUGGAAAUUGGCCAUUUUUUGCUCCUUCUCAGACAUCUCCGACUAGAGCUCCUAAACUUGGAAGUCCAAAAAGCAAAAUUGUGUCAUCAACUAUCAUUGGUAAUAAUAGUGUGGAACCGAAUUCGAAAAGUGAUAGUCCAGAUAUAAAUGAUGAAACUCAAAACAUAUCCACUCUUCCAAAAUCAGAUGUAACUUCAGCAAUUCCAAGAUCACCAUCGACAUCAGGAUAUCGACCAAUAACAAACCUCUUACAACCAACAAAUAAGGUUCCUAAACUUAUAAGACCAAACAGUAAGUUUGUACCAUCAUUCCCGGAAAGCUUCCCUAAUAAAGAUAAUCACUAUGAGGAUCAAUAUGGUCCCGAAGAUCAUGAUAGUAGUGAACCAUUCAACAACCUACCAAUGAGAGGAACAGAUACCCCUUCUAUUCCAAAGCUAUCUAAAGUUGCCGAUAGUCGUCCAACUGUGUCUAAAUCACCAAAGAUAUUUGGAAAUUGGCCAUUCUUCACUCCUUCUCAGACAUCCCCAAUUAGAGCACCCAAGCUUAGGAAACCAAACAGUAAGUUAGUUCCAUCAUUCCCUGAUAGCUUGUCCGACAAUGAUGAUCAAGAUGUUCCCGAAGGUCACGACAGUACUGAGCCAUUUAACAAUCUACCGAAGAGAGGAGCAAAUACCCCUUCUGUUUCAAAGGUUCCUCAAGUAGCGGAUAGUCGUCCAACUAUGACUAAAUCACCAACGAUAUUCGGAAAUUGGCCGUUCUUCGCUCCUUCUCAGACAUCGCCAAUUAGAGUACCUAAACUUAAGAAACCUAAAAGUGAGUUAGUUCCAUCAUCACUGGAAAGCUUGUCUGACAAUGACGAUCAAUAUAGUCCCGAAGAUCAUCAUAAACCUGAAUAUUUCUACAACCAACCGAAGAGAGGAGCCAAUCCCUCAUCUACUUCCAAAGUACCUGUUGAUAUCCAUACUCUUCCUCUUCCAGCUGUAACUAAAUCACCAUCGAUAUUCGGCAAUUGGCCAUUUUUUGCUCCUUCUAACACAUCUCCGACUAGAUCUCCUAAAUUUAAGAGACCAAACAAUAACUUAGUUCCAUCAUUCCCAGAGAGCUUGUCCGACAAUGAUCAUCAAUAUGGUCCCGAAGAUCACGAAAGUACUGAGCCAUUUAAGAGCAUACCGAAGAGAGGAGCUAAUACCCCUUCUAUUCCAAAGGUACCUAAAGCAGCCGAUAGUCGUCCAACAAUAUCUAAAUCACCAACGAUAUUCGGAAAUUGGCCGUUCUUCGCACCUACACAAACAUCCCCCGUUAGGGCACCUAAACUUAGAAAUCCAAAAACAAAAUCUGUGCAAUCAGAUGGAGACCUUGAUAAAAGUAAUGAGGGACCGAAUUCGGAAAGUGGUAGCCCAGAUAUAUAUGAUGAAACUGAAAACAUAUCCAAUCUUCCAAAAUCAGAUAUAACUUCAGCAAUUCCAAGAUCUCCAGCGACACCAGGAUAUCGACCAAUAACAAACCUCUUACAACCAUCAAAUAAGGUUCCUAACCUUAUGAGACCAAACGGUAAUUUUGUUCCAUCAUUCCCGGAAAACUUCCCUGACAAUGAUAAUCACAAUGAAGAUCAAUAUGUUCCCGAAGAUCACGAUGGUACUGAACCAUUUAACAACCUACCGAAAAGAGAACCAAAUAUUCCUUCUAUUUCCAAGGUACCUACAGCAACCGAUAGUCGUCCAACUGUGUCUAAAUCACCAAAGAUAUUUGGAAAUUGGCCAUUCUUCACUCCUUCUCAGACAUCCCCAAUUAGAGCACCCAAGCUUAGAAAACCAAACAGUAAGUUAGUUCCAUCAUUCCUUGAUAGCUUGUUCGACAAUGAUGAACAAGAUGUUCCCGAAGGUCACGACAGUACUGAGCCAUUUAACAAGCUACCGAAGAGAGGAUCAAAUACCCCUUCAGUUCCAAAGGUUCCUGAAGUAGCCGAUAGUCGUCCAACUAUGACUAAAUCACCAACGAUAUUCGGAAAUUGGCCAUUCUUCGCUCCUUCUCAGACAUCUCCCAUUAGGGCACCUAAACUUAGAAAUCCAAAAACCAAAUCUGUGCCAUUACAUGGAGACAUUGAUAAAAGUAAUGAGGAACCGAAUUCGGAAAGUGAUAGUCCAGAUAUAAAUGAUGAAACUGAAAACAUAUCCAAUCUUCCAAAAUCAGAUAUAACUUCAGCAAUUCCAAGAUCACCAGUGACACAAGGAUAUCGACCAACAACAAACUCCAUACAACCAUCAAAUAAGGCUCCUAAAAUUACGAGACCAAACGGUAAUUUUGUUCCAUCAUUCCCGGAAAGCUUCCCUGACAAUGAUUAUCACAAUGAGAAUCAAUAUGGUCCCGAAGAUCACGAUGGUACUAAACCAUUUUACAACCUACCGAAGAGAGGAACAGAUACCCCUUAUAUUCCAAAGCUAUCUAAAGGAGCCGAUGGUCGUCCAAAUGUUCCUAAAUCAUCAACGAUGUUUGGAAAUUGGCCAUUCUUCACUCCUUCUCAGACUUCCCCAAUUAGAGCACCCAAACUUAGAAAACCAAACAGUAACCUACCGGAGAGAGGAGCAAAUAUGCCUUCUAUUCCAAAGGUACCUAAAGCAGCCGAUAGUCGUCCAACAAUAUCUAAAUCACCAUCGUUUUUUGGAAAUUGGCCGUUCUUCGCACCUUCUCAGACAACUCCGAUUAGAGCACCUAAACUUAGAAAUCCAAAAACCAAAUCUGUGCCAUUACAUGGAGACAUUGAUAAAAGUAAUGAGGAUCCGAAUUCGGAAAGUGAUAGUCCAGAUAUAAAUGAUGAAACUGAAAACAUAUCCACUCUUCCAAAAUCAGAUAUAACUUCAGCAAUUCCAAGAUCACCAGUGACACAAGGAUAUCGACCAACAACAAACUCCAUACAACCAUCAAAUAAGGUUCCUAAAAUUACGAGACCAAACAGUAUUCAAAAGGUGCCUUCAACAGCCGAUAGCCGUCCAACUAUAACAAAAUCACCAACGAUAUUCGGAAAUUGGCCGUUCUUCGCACCGUCUCAGACAUCUCCAAUUAGAGCACCUAAACAUAAGAGACCAAACAGUGAGUUUAUUCCAUCAUCACCGGAAAGCUUGUCUGACAAUAACAAUCCCGAAGAUGAUAAUCAAAAUGAGGAUCAAUAUGAUCCCGAAGAUCACGAUAGUCCUGAACCAUUUAACAACCUACCGAAGAGAGGAACAAAUGUCCCUUUUAUGCCAAAGGUACCUGCAGCAGCCAAUAGUCCUACUAUUAAUAAAUCACCAACGAUAUUCGGAAAUUGGCCGUCCUUCGCACCUUCUCAGACAUCUCCGGCUAGAGCUCCUAAACUUAAGAGGCCAAAUAGUGAGUUAGUCCCAUCAUCCCCGGGAAGCUUGCCUAACAAUGACGAUCAACCUGGCCCCGAAGUUCAUGAUAGUCCUGAAAGAUUUUACAACCCACCGAAAAGAGGAGCAAAUCUUUCUACUCCAAAGCUACCUGCUACUGCCUACAAUCUUCCAACUAUAACUAAAUCACCUUCGAUAUUUGGAAAUUGGCCGUCCUUCGCACCUUCUCAGACAUCUCCAACUAGAGCUCCUAAACUUAAGAGGCCAAAUAGUGAGUUAGUUCCAUCAUAUCCAGAAAGCUUGUCAGACAAUGACGAUCAAUAUGGCCCUGAAGUUCGUGAUAAUCUUGAACCAUUUUACAACCUGCCGAAGACAGGAACAAAGCUUCCUUCCACUUCAAAGAUACCGAUUGAUGCUAAUAAUCUUCCAGUUAUAAAUAAAUCACCAUCGAUAUUCGGAAAUUGGCCAUUUUUUGCUCCUUCUCAGACAUAUCCUAUUAGAACACCUAAACUUAGGAGUCCAAAAAGCAAAAGUGUGCCCAACGAAGAAACUGAAAACUUUUUCAAUCAACCAAAAUCUGAUAUAAGCUCAGGAGUUCCAAGAUCGCCAGCAACACAGGGAUAUAGACCCGUAACAAUUACCAGGCAACCAUCAAAUAUAGGAAUUCCUAACCUUAAGAGACCAAAUGGUAAAUCAUCCCCGGAUAGCUCCUCUGAUAGAGAUAAUCUCAAUGAGGAUCAAUAUGGUCCCGAAUUUGACGAUACAAUGGGAACUUUUUCUAACCAACCGAAGAGAGGACCGAAUCUCCCUUUUACAACAAAGCUACCAAUGGAUGUUCAAAAUCUUCCAGCUGUGAAAUCACCAUCAAUGUUCGAAAAUUGGCCACUUUUUGCUCCUUCGCAAACAUCUCCGACUAGACCAAAAAAUAAGGCGGUCGAACCAUCAACUGGAAUAUAUCAUGAUACUAAUGAAUUUAAUCCAGAAGUUGACUAUACUGGUAUAGAUCAUGAUUAUGAAUUCGAUAGGAAAAGGCCUGUUUUUAAUUUUCCAAAAUCAGCAGAUAUCUCUUUCGUUCAAAAGGUCCCAACAUCAGCAGAAAAAUCAACAUUCAAAAAGCGCCCACGUGACCCCCUACAACCAUUAAUGAUAAAAGUACCUAAACCAGAAAUACCAAUUACUACAUCAUUUCCGAACAUUGUCUAUGAUGACAAUCUCAAUUAUAAGGUAGGAAGAAAUGUCCCGUAUUUAUCAAUAAAAAGUCCAAAAUAUAGAAGACCAAAAUUCAUGGCUGUUACACCAUCAACAGGAGUAUACUAUGCAGAUAUCCCUAGCACAGAAAUGUAUAAUACAGGGAGGAUAAAAUCGGGAAUAUUUCCUUAUGGAAAUGAUGUUUCAAAUUCCGAACUCUAUAAUAAAAAUAUCGCAUCCCAUGUUUCUCCAGUAAUAGGCCAUGUGCAACCAGUUCCUAAAUUGUCCACAUCUUUAUAUUUUCCGCACACACUCAAUAUUCCUAUGGUAGUUGGAAAUCUCAUACCCACUCCAAAAGUAUCAUUGAUUGGAGGAAGUCGUCGGAAAGUUCCAAUGAUCAUAGAAAGUCAUCCACAUUUAGUAGUUAGAUCUCCCGCAUAUACUGCAAUGAAGUUUCCAUCAGUUAGAAGAUCCAAGAAUAGGAUGGUUCCAUCAAUUAGUGAAAUUUCUCAUGAAUCAGAUGCUGUUGACUCGGAAGACUAUAAUAGGUUCCUAAGAAAUACCUCUCCAGUUAAGAAGGUUGAAAGAAAAUCACGAAAAUCACAAGUAUUUCCUUCUCCACCGUCACUAAGGAAAAAGUCUAGGAGUGGAUUAUCCAAGAAUAGUGAAAUUUCUCAUGAAUCAGAUGCUGUUGACUCGGAACACUAUAAUAGGUUCCUAAGAAAUACCUCUCCAGUUAAGAAGGUUGAAAGAAAAUCACGAAAAUCACAAGUAUUUCCUUCUCCACCGUCACUAAGGAAAAAGUCUAGGAGUGGAUUAUCCAAGAAUAGAUUUUCCUCUUCAUCUAAAAAACAAGCUGGUGUCCUUAAUCUGGAAACAUUUAACACGGGAUUAACUGAUACCAUGCACUUGCAAAUUGAUGAACAUGAGACAUUGGACAUGGUUGCAUUGAAAAAGAGGGCUGGUAAGACAAUAUGGGGAAUACCUAUAACGAAUGCUGUGGGGAGAAUAAAUUAUUUAACAGUGGGAAACCGGGCAGGAGAUAUGAACUUCAUUACUUCAAGGGAUAUAUUAGGGAGAGUUGAGUAUUUAUACCAAGUAAGAGAUGACACAGGUCUUUCUCACAAUUUACACCUGAAAACUACUGGAGGCCAUUUAUCACUGGUUGAAUCUGAUUAUCAGGAUGGCCAACACUCAACUGGAUUCAUUGGCUAUGAUAAUACAGGAGAGUACAUUGUUCCGAUUCAUUUUGAGGAAAACCAACGUCUGGUGAUAGAUCCGUACGCUCACAGCCUUCGCUAUGCAGUGGACGUUCAUCCUGCUUAUGAAAUAGUCUCUGAAGUUUUUUAUUAUAAAAAAUGA